UACAGCACUAUGCUCCUAUGUUGUGAUAAAUCCUAACCUAUACGUCUUGUUAUUUAUCGAUUUGACAAAGAGCAAAAUAAUAUAUACGUACAGACCGAUCAAGCCAUUUGAACCAAAUAUAGCAUAGAAGAAUAUAUAGAAAUAUGGUAAAUUGUGAGAUAAAUCAAAUAUUUCUUGGCGAAGUAGCUGCCAUCCAAAAUUACGGUGCUUUCGUUAAAAUACCUGGAUGUUCUCAACAAGGGUUGAUACAUAGAUCACAGGUGAGUUCGGCUCACGUUGACGACGUUACAGAAAUUUUACAAAAAGGAGAAAGAGUGUGGUGUAAGGUUAUAUCGGUGAGCAAUGAUGGUAAAAUUGGAUUGUCUAUGAAACAUGUUAAUCAAGGUAAUGGUACUGACUUGGAUCCUAAUGGAGUUGAAUUACAAAGAGAUUUGCAAAAGAAAAAAACUCAUGUUCCACAACAACGCAAAACUAUUCAAUUAGAAGCUGUUUUUAACACAACGUGUUCAAAGUGUGGAACACAUGGACAUUUGGCUAAAGAUUGUUUUGUCCCACCUAAUGGAAAGAAAUAUGAAUUAAUACCAGAAGUAGAAGAUGUACCAUCCACUCCAAAGGUACAGGAUGGCCAAGAAGAAAAAAAAAUAGAAACAACAGAAAAAACAGAAAAGACAGAAAAGAUAGAAAAGAAACACAAAACAAAAAAAUCUAAGAAAAGAAAGAAAUCAAAGAAAAGUAAGCAGCACACUGAUGAUAGUAGUUCUGAUAAUGAACAAACUGUAAAAAAAAGUAAGAAGAAGAGAUCCAAAGAUCAUAAGCAAAAGAAAAAAAAGCGUAACAGCAGUACAAGCGAUACAGAUUCUAGCAAUAGCUCUAGUCAGGAUAUUAAAAGUUACAAACGGAAGCACUCUGAGAGAACUGAAGCUCGAGCAAAAAAGUGCAAACACUCAAAAGAAAAACAUACGAAUUAAGUUUAUCUUAUAUAGAAGCUUAUUACAUUAAGAUUUUUGUAGUAUACAGGUUUAAUAAUUACUGUCAUUAUUAUUACAAAAAUCAUGGAACUAUCAUUACAAUAAAGAUAUUUAAUAAUA